UGCUACAAGCGCUACCAUUGGAUAUAAUACAGCUGUACAAGUAGAAAUAGUUGAAGACGUUUCCGUGUGGAAGAAGAGAAUACAGAUACUUCACAAGCCUCCACACAUCAAAUACCGUAGUAAAGCAUCAUGGGUGGGCAGGUGUCCAUUGACGAGACUGUUCAUGUGGUGAUUGUCGGUGGUGGUUUUGGUGGCAUUGCAGCUGCUCAACACCUUAAACGUCACGGGGUGCCCUUCAUGCUUAUUGACAUCCUGGAUGCGUUUCAUCACAACGUUGCAGCGCUGCGUGCCUCAGUUCAACCUGGUUUUGCGAAGCAGACUUUCAUACCAUACAAAGAGACAUUUGGAGUGAAUUUCCUCCAAGGCCGUGUCAUACGUAUAGACACCGAAACGCAGACAGUUGUGCUUGACAAUGGAAAGGAAGUACGGUAUUCACACCUCAUUCUGUGCACUGGAACAAGCGGAGAUUUCCCAGGCAAACACAAUUCUGUGGACUCCUACCAAUUAGCCAUUCAGAAAUAUGAGGACUUUGUCAAAUUGAUCCAGUCAACAAACACAGUUGUUGUUGUUGGUGGCGGAACCACCGGUAUUGAAAUGGCUGCUGAGAUCAGGACAGAAUUUCCUGACAAGAAAGUGAUUCUGAUUCACUCGCGUGAGGAGGUGGCUGAUCCUGAACUAUUGCCUAGUGUGAAGGAACAGGCCAAGCAGGUGCUGCUGGAAAAAGGGGUGGAGCUGUUGCUAGGGCAAAAAGUGUCAAACCUUGAUGAGCUGGAAUUGAAUGUGUGUCGGAGAGGCAUGGUGGUCAAGACCAAUAAGAACGAGCAGGUCACCACCGAUCUUGUCAUCUGCUGCACAGGAAGUAAGAUCAACUCUGAAGCAUACAGGUCCAGUCUGACCGCAUCUCUGACAGAGGCUGGUGCUCUGAAGGUGAACAAGCACUUGCAAGUAGAAGGCUUUAACAACGUGUAUGGUGUGGGUGACUGUGCCAAUGUCAAUGAACCCAAGUUGGCGUAUCAUGCUGGACUUCAUGCUGGAGUAGCUGCCACCAAUAUCAUCAACAGUCUGUCAGGAAAACCUUUAACCUCAUACCACACAGGAAAUGUGACUAUGCUGAUUGCUAUGGGUAAGGAUGCUGGAGUAGGCCAGUUUAAUGGCUAUAAACUACCUCGCUUUCUGGUCACUAAGGGUAAGAGCCAAGGCUUGCUGCUGUGGAAGAGCUGGAGGGAAAUGGGGCAAAAAGCCCCUAAUUAACACCAGGCUGACAGUGUACACUAAAAUAUGUAUGAACUAUGGUCUCACAUGGU